GGCGUUGCAUGUACUCUUGGACGACGAAGUUCAACUGUCCUACUCCUUGUUUAAGGUAUGUUAUUUUGAUUCCUUUGCGGCAGUGCAUUUGUGAGUGCCGGGCCUGUACGAUGGCAGUGCAUGCCUCCUUUGCAUUAAUAUUCCCGGCUGAACUUCCAGGGUCAACACAUCCACCCUCGUGCACCGCUGAAUCCCGGGAAUCGGAGUCUAUUCAGGACCUUGAUGGGUGGGAAGAUGUUCUGAAGCUGUGAAUGCUUUGCUUUGUCCUCUCUUCUCCUAUUAGGCGCCGUUUCUCCAGUCCUGUGAACUCCUUAUCAACGCUCGGGCCGCUUCUUCUUCAUCGUUAUCCAGGCACCGUCAUGUGCGCUGAAUGCUGCUCUACGUUACGGGCAAUCCAGUGAUCCAAUAGACCCAACAAGACCUCACCGCCAAAGGCAGGACCAUGGUCUGCAUCAAAGGCCUUCACGUCCAGGUAUUACGUGAGGGCACUGUCUUGCAAGAGUACGGCACCACCACAAACAAUGCCGGGGACAAGAUCAGUUGCUAUAUCCCAUCCGUUGCCGGCGAUACUUUCACCGUUAUCAUUUUCCACCUACCAAACCCUCCGCCGGAGGAUCUGGCUACAUGGUACGAACUCUUCGACUUCCAUCUCUACAUGGACGGUUUGAUGGUCGCCGAGAUAUUCUCCAAUGUGCCGCCCAUCGAAUAUACAUUCGAAGGCGCAGAUCAGCUCGAUUCGACAUCUUUCGUUCGGCCUUUCAUGUUUCGAAUCUUGCCAUUGACGAGGACAAUGCACGAUAGUGAGAGGAGAGAAGAGGUAUUGAAGAACUUGGGCACGAUCCGCUUGUCUGUGCACAGGACAUGGUCGGCGGUUCAAGACGAAGCUGAAGAUGACGCUGAGCGAGUGGUGAAAACAAGCAAUGAUCCUACGUUCAAUUGUACUAUGCUGGACCUACCCGCACCCGCGGCCCGGACAGAGGAAUGGCAACACGCCCCGGGUCCACAGAAAGCAGACGUGUAUAAGGGAGAUGCCCGUACUUUGAAACAUGAUGUGGAGUGUUUGCUGAAUAGCGAUAGUUAUGGGGCUGUUACUCCGAAGGUAGUGAUACAUGGAGUCCUUCACAGAAGGGUAGAGGUUGACCCGGACCCACUUUUCGAAAUUGAAUUCCGUUACAGGACCGCCAGCGAUCUCCGUGCUCGUGGCUUUAACGUCCCUGACCCGUUCAAGAAGUCUACCCGCAAGAGGCGCUCCUCAAAUGACACCCCAGACCUUAACAUGGAGGACAUGUUUGAUACCCUUAACACCAUUGACCGCGAUAACAAACGUAAGAGGGCCCGUGAGCAGCUCCAGAGCUGCCAAGUCGAGGUUCAGGAUCUUACGGGAGAUGACCCGCUCAUGCCUGAGAUUUGUCUCAUUAGGCCGCCGGACAGUGAUGAUGAGGAGGAGUACGUGCCUCUUGCAAGGCUUAUUAAGCGUGAAAGGGAGGAAGUCGUGGGAGCGGCAGUGGGUGUUGGGGUGGGCGUGGGAGCGGCAAUGGCCGAGACGAGCGCUGCGCAGCAAUUGUUGGAAGAUGAGACAAUCCGGCCCAACCCGUUGACGUUGAUGGAGCGUAUUAUGCCUGCUCCUGCCUCCGAGGAGUCACAGGAUUCGGGAGACGAAACCGAAGAUACCGAAUAUUGCUUCAACGGGGAAGGGGGUGAAGAGGAUCGCAAAUCCGAGCAGCCUGCUGAAAACGAUGAGAAUGCCAUGACCCUUGCACCCAUUGAACCUGCGGAGGCUCCCGGAUUCGAGAAGCCUGCUGCGGAUGUCGAGAACUCUCAGUCUGCUUUAUUUCUUGAGUAUGGGGAUUAUGCUCAGGUUCCUGAACUCCGCGAAUAUGUCAAAGGAGCCCCGUUCGUGCUGACUGAUGACGAGCGUAAGGUUCUUGGACUCCCCCAAGCUCCCGAAGACGAUGAGUUCCCGGCCGAGCAGGCCACUGAGAAAUAAAGUUGGAGGAGGGG